GCGAAGCUUGCGGCCAACCUGCGAGGCGAAGAAUGCGCCCGCCCGUGUCAGCCGGAGCAGCCGGCGGCGGAGAGCGAGGGAUUUGGGGAGGCAGAGCUGUCUCUUUAAGGCAGCAAAGGGAACUCUCCGGCUGCCACUUUGCGGAGUUCAGAGCAGAUCCCCGUUUUCAUUAGCAUUUCAUCUCAUCUCCUCCUCUCCCCCCCGCACCCGCCCCACCUCUUCCGAAUCGGCAUUCCUGCAUCCCUUUCCGUGCAUCCCGGAGGAGCGGGUGAGAGUCCGGCUGGCGCCCGCAGGCACACGUGCCCGCGCCGAGCUGGCUGGGGAGAAACACCUGCGGGCGGCUGCCCACGCUCCCGCGUGCUGCGUCCUCCUCGCCGCACGCGAGCUCGGCUGGGAGUGUCCCCGCGCUCGCCUCGGCGCUGCUCCGCUCUUCUCGCGGUCCCUGGCUGCAGCGGCAGCCGAGCUCGGGCACGGAGCAGCUCGAGGGGCCCCGGCGCCCCUGGGGACGGAGCCCUGCAGGUUGGAAAGCCGGGCUGGGGGAGGCGAGAGCUGAGCAGCCCGGGGACCGGAGCACCGCCGGCAUCCAGAGCAUCCCUGGCAUCCAGAGCAUCCCCGGGACUGGAGCAUCCCUAGUGUCCGGAGCAUCCAGAGCAUCCUGGGGACCAGAGCAUCCCAGGAACCAGAGCAUCCCGAGACCAGAGCAUCCCAGGAACCAGAGCAUCCCGGGACCGGAGCAUCCCGGGACCAGAGCAUCCCGAGACCAGAGCAUCCCAGGACCGGAGCAUCCUGAGACCAGAGCAUCCCAGGACCAGAGCAUCCAGAGCAUUGUGGCAUCCCGAACGCUGCACCAUCCUGAGCAUCCCGAGCAUCCUGAGCAUCCCAGGCAUCCCGAGCGUGGCGGCUCCCUAAGCAUCGUGGCAUCCUGAGCAUCCCCGGUGUCUCCCGCAUCCCUCAGCAUCCAGAAUCGCCAUCCAGGGACGUCCGAGCGUGGGGGGAUUUGCAGGAACGAGGAAACGUCUGGCUGUGAGUAACGGGCAGGGAAACCUUGCUGAUCGGCUCCUGGGGAUGUCACUCUGCCCUGGCUGCCGGUGAAGAGAGCGCGAGGGGGAAGAGAGGAGGAGGAGGAGAGGAGGAAGGAGGACGCAGAGAGAUGGUACUUCUUUCCCUGGAGCCGGCUCCGGCGAUGAUCACCUAGCGCAGGUCCCGGGCCGAGAAGGUCCCCCCAGCUCCGCAGCCAGCCCUCCCGCCCGGCUCCUCAUGGAGGGCGAUCUGGGGGCCCCCAACGCCAGCGUGCUGGGCGAGCGCUUGCCGCCGGCGGGGAGCAGCUGGGUGGCCGCUUUCCUCUGCUUCAUCAUCCUGCUGACCGCGGCGGGGAACUUCCUCCUCAUCCUCCUCAUCGUCACGCAGCGCUCCCUGCGCAACACCUCCAACUUCUUCCUGGUGUCCCUCUUCAUGUCCGACCUCAUGGUGGGGCUGGUGGUCAUGCCCCCGGCCAUGCUCAACCAGCUCUACGGCCGCUGGGUGCUCCGGGGCGACUUCUGCUCCCUCUGGUACGCCUUCGACGUCAUGUGCUGCAGUGCCUCCAUCCUCAACCUCUGCCUCAUCAGCUGGGACCGCUACCUGCUCAUCAUCUGCCCCCUCAAAUACAAGCUGCGCAUGACCUCCUGCCGGGCCCUCUGGCUCGUCCUGGCCACCUGGACCUUGGCCGCCCUGGCCUCCUUCCUGCCCAUCACCAUGGGGUGGCACGAGCUGGAGUUCGAGGCCCGGCCCCCGAACGUCACCUCCCGGGGCGAGGAGGACCAGUGCCGGCUGCUGGUCAGCUUGCCCUACGCCCUGGUGGCCUCCAGCCUCACCUUCUUCCUCCCGUCCGCGGCCAUCUCCUUCACCUACUGCCGCAUCCUCCUGGCCGCCCGCAAGCAAGCGGUGCAGGUGGCUUCCCUCGCCUCCAACGUGGCCACCGCCGCCGCCGCCGCCGAGCCCUCGGCACAGGAGUCGCAGCAGCGAAUGCCGCUUUCCUCGGGCGGCCGGGCCGCCUCCCCGCCCCGCGUCGCGGCGCAGGUCUCCCGCGCGCCGAGCCAGGCCGCGGCCGGCGGCGAGGGCAGGAGGUUGGCCAACAAGCACAGCAAGAAGGUGCUGAAGGCCAGCCUGACGCUGGGCAUCCUCCUGGGCAUGUUCUUCGUGGCCUGGCUCCCCUUCUUCGUCGCCAACGUGGCGCAGGCGGUCUGCGGCUGCGUCCCGGCGGGCUUCUUCGACGUGCUCACCUGGCUCGGCUACUGCAACAGCACCAUGAACCCCAUCAUCUACCCGCUCUUCAUGCGGGACUUCAAGAGGGCCAUGGGCAAAUACCUGCCGUGCUGCCGGCGCGCAGGGGAGCCCGGGCCCAGCGCCGUCUCCCUCUCCGUGAGGAACUCCAACAGCGGGCCCCGCGCGGCCACGUCCCUCAAGAAUGUCCUCGCCCUGCAGGCCGAGACCGACUCCGGCGACUCCGGCACCGCCCGGGCUGACGAGCACGGCUUGCUGCCAGCCGCCGACGGCCUCCCGGCCCCCGGCGUCCGCCCAGGGAGCCUCUUCGACGGGGAGACGGCGGACGGGGAGCUGCGGCGCGCGGGGCUCGGCACCCCCGUGGCCUGAGCCGGCCGCCCCGGAGCUGCCGGCGGGUCGGGGACGUCCGUGCGCGGGGCGGCAUCUGCCCGGAGGGCGGAUUUGCCCCGAGACUUUUCCUCGACACCUUGUGCCAGACGCCCGUCUCCACCGAUGUUGCAGCCGCAGCGUUUCUGCCCCAAAAACGCAGCGCAGAGGGACGAGAAGCUCGGAGAGGUGCCCCGGCGCGGGGGCAAGUUGAACCCCGCGGAGAUGGGUUUCUCGGGGACUUCUCACAAGGUUAAUCCAGACCUUGGACCUCAGGCGUCUCCCCGAACCUAAACCACGGGCGGGUUUUGGCUCCCACUCGCACAUCCCAGCCGAUCCCCUCUCUCUCACUCCCCAAGAGAGGAAAAAAGGCGGAAACCGCAUGCAGUGACUCACGGGCGAGAGCUCCGGCCGGGUCUGUCCACACAACAUCGUGUCCUCCUGGAGCCGGACCCUCUCGCCCGAGCCGGAUCGGAUCUGCCUCGGCUGCCUGAGAAAACAGCGGUGUUGUGACACGCAAACCCUCGUAUUUAAUCAGGAACAGCCUGCUCUACGGGGGAUUAAAUCCGAUGCAAAAUGUUCAGCGCUGCUUUUUGGAUAUUCAGCACGGGUGUGGGUGUUCGACUUGUUUGCGGCUGUACGGGUAUCCUGACAGUAGCAAGUAAUGAAAUAAGCUUCCCGAUAGCUUUCAUCCUACAGCUUCCUAUUUUUGGCGUAUUUUUGCUCUGACAAUCCAUCAGGUUUUAGAGUGUGCAAUCGGAAAACAUGCAUUUUUGUCAUAAAAAUCGAAGCGAACGCUGUCUUUUAAACAACGCCCAAAGCCCCCCCACCGCUCCGCGCAGCCAUAAGCAGAGAGAAUCGCGAGCAGCGUGAGAAGUGGGCACUUGAAAAAGUUACAAAUGCUUUUAGCAAAUUCUCCCCCAAGUGCCUUUUAGGUGCAGAGCUGGGCUGGUAGUUUGUUGCUGUGCCCUCGCUGGACUCCUGUCCUGCAGCCUUGCCACGUUACCCCCCCGCGUUCAAGACCAGAACAAGUGCUUUUAUGUCUAAUUUAACAUUUAUUUGCGACAAAUGCCCUUGCAGCAGAGGGCUGGCCCAGCGGCCAGCGACACGCGACCGUGGUAAACGGAGGACUAAUCACAAGUUCAAAUAUCAAACAGUUUAAUCCAUCUUCUCCACAUGCGUGUGGCCAACAGAUAGUUAGCUUGGUUUUGGUAUCAAGCGUGAAAAUAAAUACAUCUUGCCACAAAUACAAAAACAUAUUUUGGCCAUAACUCCAGGUAAACAGGGGUAGAAAAACCUGAGCUGAACUCCAGAAGUCCAUCAGCUCACCGAUGCAGUGGACAUGGGCUUCAGGAGAGGGAUGAAGCCAGGCUGCUUCCCAGCGCCCGGAGCGCUCGCCCCAGCUCCGUAAGGAAGCUGUUCGCAGGGGCACGGUCUCCUUGGGAGACAGAUGUUCGUGGUCUCGUUCAGCAACAAACUCGGCCGCAUUCGGUGUCCUCCAAACUUCUUCAAGCCAAAUUUUAGGAAGUGAUAGAUCCCCUAUUCUGGCAUUGGGCUCUUUGUAACGAAGACGUUUGCUUGCAGAGAAAUCCCCAUGUCUGGUGGGGAACCACAUCCCCUUCCUAUAGCCCAACGGCUUAAACGCUGCCCUUGGAAACAGGCCGGUGCCUGUCGGAUCCCAUAACCUGUCCCAAAAACAUCUGCCGCCCCGCGGGCGCCUUGCCGUGGGGCUCGGCAGCGAGGCGCGUGCGUGAAUCGGAGCCCCGUGGGGCUCAGCCCUCCUCUGGGGCAGCUGCGUUGCGACCGCGCGCGAUAGAAGCAGGAGGUAAAGUUUGCAGAAAGCUCGGGGGAAAAAAGAAGUUGUUAUCGGACUAACAGCUGGAAUGGGGAGGGAGGAGGAGGACUCAGUGGGAGCCAAAAUCAGAAGGUGCAAUCACAGUAUUUUCCCUCUGGCGAGUUAAUGAGACCUUCUAGAUCUGGGUGUGGGAAGGUAUUUUACCAACUAGCGCUCGUUUUAAGACAGUAAAACUUGGAGGUGUUCUCAGAAGGGGGCUUAGCCUCUUGCCGUGCUCCCGCUCGGUUGUGUUUUCUUGGGCUGAGCAGCAAAAUGGGGGGAGAAAAGAGUGGAUGCCAACUCACUGUUGUGGAAGGAGGUAGAAAUCAAACAGAUUUAUGUUUAUCCUAUGCCAAGUAUUGGUUUUAUUUUAAGCCAAUUAAAAAACGUGACUAGAGGGGGCUGUUAAGGCUGGAGACGUGUGUGGGACAUGGAACGAAAGUCCCUGUGGGUUGCUGGCUUGCAAAGCCUGGGAGGAAGUUUCACAAAGGAAUAAAUCAUAAAAAGCGCA